GUCGUCUGCUAGGGCUAGUCUGUGACUUUUCCCGUGUUUCUUGCAGUUCAGCUUAAAGUUUCAAUCGUUAUGAAUUGGGUUGGUGGAGCAAGGAACAGGGUAAAAUGUCAAAAUGAAAGAAAAGCACAGAAGGAAUUCUUUGAAAGACAAAAACUGGGAGUUAACCACAGUAAACUAAAUCCCUUGUCAACACCACACCUGAAAAGGAAUUCAGUUAGUCAAGACCUUCUUGCACUGCAAACCAUCAGCCGUGCACACUCCAAGACAAAAGCAGAUCCAGCCAAGAGGCCUGUGAGGAAGCUGGAUCUUGAAGGCUUUCGAUCAACAGUUACUGGCAGAAAAUUUAAACAAGUAGAACUACCCACAUCACCUCAGGAGACGCCAUCAAUGUUGGAUCUUAUGGAAAAAACAUUUCAUAAAAGUAAACAUUCAGAAUCAAAAUCAUCAGACACUUUAUUUCACCAGGAUAACAGAGAUUCGAACACAAAAUUUGGUUUCAACUCCAGCAUUAAAUUCUCAAGUUUAAUAUCACCAGGAAGAAAUACUGGUUUAUUAGCUCAGACAAGUGUUUCAGGCCUUUCAGACAAUCCUUUAAAGUUUAGCACCAUUCCCGGAGAAAGAUUCUCAUCGCCACAGAAGGAUUGUAUUAAGAGUCAUAUCUCCACUGGUAGUUUAGAACUGAAUCCUUUUCUGCAUGAGAAUUCAAUGAUGCCAAAAAACACAAUGACAUCCAGUUUUAGUGCCCAUGAUUCUACCAGAUCUAAUGUAAAACCUAACUCUAACAUGAAAACUAAGCAAGGCCAACAAAGUAGUACUCAUUAUUCGAAACAUGACACCAAGUCCAAGAAUCAGCUAGAUGAACGAUUGCACAAUUUAUGGGUAUCAGAAGAUUUUCAGACCACCCCUCUGAUCAAGUAUAAUUGCGAUCAGUUUAUGAAUGACAACUUUUGUAGUUACCCAUCCUACAAACCAGUUGCUUCAAAAAUACUUAAUUUGACUUCGCCAUUCUACCAGUCAUUUCAUGAAGACGAAAUAAUGUUUAAAAAUCCUGUAGAACCUCAGUCACCACACAAGAAUACUACAUAUUUUAGACACCACAAAGUUGAGCUGGAUGAACAAGAGAUUUGUAAAAACCUUCGGGAUGUCAGUGAUGAUUUUUCAUCCAAUAAAGGUGAUGGCAAAAACAGAAUAUUCAUAAAUGAAUUAACCCCAUUUACAAGAACAUCUGUCCACAAGUUCCAUAUUGAGAAACCAGAAGAACUACCUACAGAUUCUCCAGAAUUAGAUUGUUCAAAUUACUUUAAUAAACUGAAUCAGUUUGGGAUUCCUGUUUCACUAAAUCUGGAAAAGACUUUUACAUAUUCUGAUUCAGAAUGUGUACUGAAUAAAAGAAGAAAGAACAAAAGAACCACUGAAAUAGAAAGAAUACAUGUAAAGAGCACUAAUAGUGAAGAUCUUAUGAAAAACCUAGGUGAUUUCAAGAAAUCUGAAUCAAUUGACAACAUAUUUCAACUCCACAAAUUCAGGCACAGUGAAAAAUUGUGGAAUUCAUCAGAACCAAGAGUACUAUCAGAGAAGUAUUAUAGCAUGAGCAGUAAGAUUUUACAACCACCUGAAAAACUCAAAAGAUGCUGUUUCACAGAAGAUGUUUCAAUAUCUCUUAAACCGUCUCCUUUUUGUACCGAACAAGAUUGCAAAAAACCUCUUUCAGAAGGAAAGAAUGAACAAGUAAAAGAUGUAUUGGAGGAUGAAAAUAAUAUUCCAGUGUGUACCAAAGAAGAAUAUGAAAUACACAGGAAAACCAAAAAUUCAGCAAUUGAUGAAGUUUUGCAUGAACUCAUCCAAUUGGACAAUCAAGAUGAAGAUGUUAAGAACACCAGUUUGUUAUCUAGCCAUUGUGAUGAUGGAGCUUCCAAUGCAGAUUGUGUGAAUAUUGAUACUGCAAGAAAGAACACCAUUACAGGUAUAGAUCAAAUACCAGUAGGCUGUCAGGAAAAGAAAUUGCAUGAUGAGAAAUGUAUUGCUGAGGUCAUCAAAACUAUUGUUCAUAAAGUUAUCAUGCGAGAAAAUAAUUUGGAUUUAUCAACAGCUGUCAUCCCUGAUCAUCCAUGGACAAAACCAAGACAAAUUAAACAAUCGUUGGAAGUUAUUACUUCAGUAUUUCGAGAAAGUAAGAUCACAGGACAGAAAUCUGAUAAUCAUUGUGAAAGUUCAGAUGAUAGAAGUGUGGAAAUGUUUGGAUUGUUUAAAGACAGAAAUCUCCUUGAAACUGGGGUAGCAGUUAAUAAUAGAGUCUUGCAUGAGCAGUUGAAAGAUUAUAACCGAGAGAAUAAUUAUUGUAAAUCAGAUGAAGUAGACUUGGGUACAUUGUUAACAGAACAACCAGAAAGACCGUGGUCAUCAUCAGUCAACAUGCUUACUCAGACAAAUGAACAUAGAUUAGUAGAUGCCAGUACCUCGCCAAUCCAUCGCAUUACAAAUACAGUGGAUGUUGGAGUCCAGUGGGAAACUCCAGACUCCAGUCAGGAAAUAUUUAUUUCGGCAGAUACGCAACCAGACUAUAAUAUAGACAGUGUUAUCAAUGUGGACUUGAUGGUCCAGUCCUACUGUAUGAACAUGGAGCUUGGUGGUGAACAGUGGAUGGUGAAGGACAAAUCUUUGGAUUCCCAGUCACAGCCAAAGGAGCAGGCAUACACACUUAGACCCAGGAAGAAAUAACAGUUUCAAUUUUAAUUUAAAAAGAGUCAGUGCCGAUACAAAUAUGACUAUACCUCUUACCGGAAAACAAUUUUAAGUGUUUUUAUUAAUAAUUCCAGUUUGGCUUGAUAUUUUUAAAAAAAGUGAAAACCUUUUCUUUUAUGUCAAUCCAAACUGCAAUUAAUGUAAAUUUUUGCUUGGACAAGGUAUAUUACUGUUAUGUUACAACUUAUGUUCUUGAUAUUAAUUUAAUGAAUAUAAUAACUAAAUAGUAAGGGCAGGAUGUAGCCAAGUGGUAAAGCACUCCCCUGAUGCACUGUCAGUCUAGGAUUGAUUUCUAUUAGUGGCCUAUUGGGCUAUUUCUCGUUCCAGCUAGUGC